UUCCAGCAGCAAGAGACUGAGCUGCCCGCAGACCCUGUCGUCCAGUCCCUGAUCACAGCCCCAAGAUGUCGCGAGGUCUCGUGCUUCUCACCGUCGUCGCGGCAGCAGCGUCGGCGCAGGCUGCCCUUUCGGCUUGCACUUCGGCGGUGUUUGAUGCCAACGGUAAUGUGGUAAAAACGACGUGGUAUGCUUGCAAGCCACAGUACGAAGCGGAUGUUCAGAAAUUUAAUAAAAACCCGAACUGCUCAGGCCUUCCAUCUCCAUCAUACGACGUGGCUACAUGCGAUCCAAUUAUUGCCAACUACAUGGCGUGCGGUCUGAUAGCAGCCACUCUUCUGAAGGCAGACAACACGUUCGACGACGCGGCCUUCAAAGCGUCAGCAUUGCAGAACAAAUGCAGCGCUGACGCCAAGUUCAUAGCCGCGUACCCAACGUGCAAGAACUCCACCAUGAAAUAUUUCAACUACAACCGACUAUUCACAUGUCUCAUGAAAGCUGUAUACACGGACACCGGUUGAUGUCACGGAAGAACAUCGAAAUGAGCCAGAAGAAGACGAACUGAGCAUCAGAAGACUUUUCUUCUUCCGUAGCACAAUCAUUUCCGCUCAAAUGGAUUGCUAACAAAAAUAUUGUGAUUGUGAUUGUUGCAAUUUUGAAUUCAGGAUUUCUUUGACUAUGUAUGCGGUUGCGUAUUUUAUUAUUUGGUUUGCGGAUCUUCUACAAUUGAGUUUCACUCACUCUUCCCCAUAAAACAAAGUUUCAGGAAAAGAGUGGUAGGAUGCAUUUACUAUACCCAAAUUAAUGUAAAUUUAUCCGUUUGCAUGCAUUAUUCACGAGUUAUGCUGCCACGCGCAAUUUCUGGGAAAUAAUCUACAUCUAUAAAGUAACAAUACAAUAAAUAGUUUGAAUGCACAUAUAUUUUACUGUCUUCCCUGGUUUAAUUGUAUUUAAAUUUUGCGUAAUGUUUUGU